AUGGUACUCUAUCAAAGAAAAUUACUCAUACUUGAUAUUGAUGGUACAAUGAUCUUUGCGGAAGAAAAAGCAAACGUCAUCGAUAUGCAAGUUGAACAACAGCAUCAUUUUGAGUUAGAUGAUGGCUCGAUUUUAGUAUGGAAACGACCGGGUAUUGACGAAUUUCUUGAAUGGUGUUUUGAACAUUAUGAUAUUGGCAUAUGGUCAGCGUCGGGUUCAGAAUAUGUUCAUUCUGUACUAACCUACAUUAUUCCAGAUCACUUGCGAUCAAAAAUAAAAGUUAUUACUCGUGAAUCACGUGCUCCUUCAAUUGUUGCACGAGUUUUUAUUGUGCAUCCAGUUUCAAUUGUAGCUAGAGUUGUUAGUGUUCAUCCACCUGUUGUUUCAUUAGGAACAGGAGUAGUAGUUUCUGUUGUUGCUGAUCGACUUGGUUUCGUUCAAACAGUGGUUGGUAGUGUUGGCGAUCUAUUUGGUUUCGUUGGAACAGUGGUUGGUAUCGUUGUUAUUCGAGUUUUUUUCGUUCAAACAGUAGUUGGAAUUUUUGUUGAUCGACUUGUUUUCGUUGGAACAGUAAUUGUUAAUGUUGUUGAUCGACUUGUUUUCGUUCAAACAGUAGUUGCUAUUGUUGUUGAUCGACGUGUUUUCACUCAGACACGGGUUAUUGCUCUUGUUGAUCGACUUGUUUCCGUUGAAACAUGA